CAUUCUAGAGAGAAACCCUACAAAUGCAAUCAAUGUGAUAAAGCCUUUUCACAACACAAUAGUCUCCAAAUACAUGAAAGAACACAUUCUGGAGAGAAACCCUACAAAUGCAAUCAAUGUGAUAAAGCCUUUUCAGGACACAGUAAUCUUCAAAUGCAUAAAAGAUCACAUUCAAGAGAGAAACCCUACAAAUGUAAUCAAUGUGAGAAAGCCUUUUCACAACACAGUCAUCUCCAAAUACAUAGAAGAACACAUUCUGGAGAAAAACCCUACAAAUGUAAUCAAUGUGAGAAAGCCUUUUCACAAAACAAUAGUCUCCAAAUACAUAGAAGAACACAUUCUGGAGAAAAACCCUACAAAUGUAAUCAAUGUGAGAAAGCCUUUUCACAACACAAUAGUCUCCAAAUACAUAGAAGAACACAUACUGGAGAGAAACCCUACAAUUGCAAUCAAUGUGGUAAAGCCUUUUCAGGACUCAGUAAUCUUCACACCCAUAGAAGGAUACAUUCUGGAGAGAAACCCUAUGAAUGCAAAGAAUGUGGUAAAGCCUUUUCACAACACAGUCAUCUCCAAAUACAUGAAAGAAUACAUACGGGAGAGAAACCCUACAAAUAUAAUCAAUGUAAUAAAGCCUUUGCAUAUGCCAAUAAUCUCAGAGUACAAGAAAGAACACAUACAGGAGAGAAACACUACAAAUGUAAUCAAUGUGAUAAAGCCUUUUCACAAUGCUCUCUUCUCCGAAGGCAUGAAAGAACACAUACUGGAGAGAAACCCUACAAAUGCAAUCAAUGUGAUAAAGCCUUUACAUACGCCUUUAAUCUCAGAGCACAUAAAAGAACACAUACUGGUGAGAAGCCAUACAAAUGUAGUCAGUGUUGUAAAGCAUUUUCACGACACAGUCAUCUCCAAAACCAUAAAAAAACACAUACUAGAGAGAAACCCUACAAAUGCAAUCAAUGUGAUAAAGCCUUUUCACAACCCACUAAUCUCCAAGUGCACAAAAGAACACAUACUGAAGAGAAACCCUACCAAUUUAAUCAAUGUGAUAAAGUCUUUUCAGGACCCACUAAUCUCCAAAUGCAUAAAGGAACACAUGCUGGAGAGAAGCCCUACAAAUGUAAUCAAUGUGAUAAAGCCUUUUCACAACACAGUCUUCUCCAAAGACAUAAAAGAACACAUACUGGAGAGAAACCCUAC